AAUUUCCAACUGUAUCUUUAUUUAUAAGGGCCAAUCUGUACUGAAAUUGUUUAAUGUUCAAUAAGUCUAGUUUUGAUCACCAUAUAAGAAAAGGGGUGUGGGUGUGUAUCUAAGUCUUUGAUGAUUUUGGAAGAGAUGAGCAUUCUUUCUUGUUGCAGAAUCAGCAAAAGUGAAAUCAAGAAAAAAUCCCUGAAAAAUUCAAAAAGUUGGGUUUAUGAUGAUGGAGACGCAUACUCCACCGUGCCUGGAAGCGUCUCCGGUGCAAUAAAGCAACGGAUUUUAGCGGAAGAAGCGCUGAGAAAUGGAAACGCUCGUGUCCCGGCUGAGGUGUUCACGUUCCGGGAGCUGGCGACUGCGACGCAGAAUUUCAACUCCGAGCUGCUGGUGGGCGAAGGAGGAUUCGGGAGGGUCUACAAGGGCUACCUCAACAAAACAAAUCAAGUUGUGGCGGUGAAGCAGCUGGACCGGAACGGCGUCCAAGGCAACCGCGAGUUUCUGGCCGAGGUUCUGACGCUGAGCCUCGUCCACCAUGCUAACCUCGUGAAUUUGAUCGGAUAUUGUGCUGAUGGUCGUCAGAGGAUUUUGGUGUACGAAUUUAUGCACAAUGGAUCUUUAGAAGACCACCUGCUUGAUUUGCCUCCGAAUAGGAAGCCUUUGGAUUGGUACACAAGGAUGCAGAUAGCAAAGGGAGCGGCGCAAGGGCUAGAGUACUUGCACGACACUGCGAAUCCUCCUAUAAUAUUCCGAGAUUUCAAGGCCUCCAACAUUCUGUUGGACGAGAAUUUCGUACCGAAGCUCUCGGAUUUUGGGCUGGCUAAACUAGGCCCAACAGGGGAGCAGGAUCACGUCUCGACGAGGGUGAUGGGGACGUACGGCUACUGCGCGCCUGAGUACGCCAAGACGGGACAGCUCACCACAAAAUCCGACGUGUACAGCUUUGGAGUGGUGUUUUUGGAGAUCAUCUCAGGGAGAAGGGCUAUUGAUGGGACAAAGCCACCUGAAGAGGAGAAUCUAGUUGAUUGGGCGAAACCGUUGUUUAAGGAUAGGAGGAAGUUCACUUUGAUGGCGGAUCCGUUGUUGGAAGGGAAUUAUCCGGUGAAGGGUCUUUAUCAGGCUCUCGCCGUUGCAGCUAUGUGCAUCCAAGACGAGGCCGGGACCCGGCCCCUUAUCGCAGAUGUCGUCACAGCUCUUGAGUACUUAGCCAUCAGGACAGAGGAAGCUGCUGCUGCUGAAAUGGCCGACUUUGAAUAGAGCAAAAGCAAACAGGUUUUGAUAAAUCACCAGUUUCUUUUUGUGUGGAUUUUGGAGUGUACAAAACUAUAUAUCUUGAUUCUUGUAGAUAAAUUGGACAUGGAUUGCUUUAUGACAAAAUCUUGUCUUUGAAUGAA